AUGGAUUCAACACGUUCACAGCAGGCUCGGGAGCGCAGGACUCUGCGGCGGUCGAGAUUUGGCUGCCGAAAUUGCAAGCUCAGGAAACUCAAGUGUGACGAGCUCAAACCACAGUGCAAGAAAUGUACCUCCUUCGGGGUAUCAUGCAACUUCAUGUCCAGCCAUAUUCCCGACCUGCAGCCCGUCGUCCCCGGCCCAAGGAGGCCAACCGUGGUGGCACGAGGAAAUGCAAAGCCUCAGCUUCAACCCCCCGUCACCAGCGCUGUGUGGACAUCCGACGAAGCCGCAUCCUACCAGUUGAACGCAAAGUGUCAAGACUUCGUCACCCGCUAUCUUGGGCGAAGUCUCGUUGCCGCAGAUAACCCUCAAAUGACUCAUAUCAAUCGCAGACUCCUGAAACUAGCCUUCGCCUACCCUUUCCUAAUGCAUGCCUCUCUGGCUGUGGCGCUUACAUACGACCGCCAUCUAAACACCACCUCAGGCUCCCGUCGGAGUCUAGAAAUGUGCUACCACUGGUCCCAGGGCACAGUUCUCCUCAACAGGCGGCUGAGGGAGCCGAUAGAGACAAAAGACAAGGACCCGAUCUGGGCCACCGCGGCCGCUCUAGCCAUCCUGACCUUCUCGUCCCCGGACGCAUCCACGCCAGAGGAAUCGUGGCCCCUGAGGACCUCCGACCACUCCGAUCUGGACUGGGUCCGCAUGGCCGAGGGCAAAAUGGCACUGUGGAGUACCCUGAACCCGCUACGACCGGACAGCCUCUUCACCGUCAUGGCACCGGCAUAUGCGCUCAUGAACACGCCCUUCCCAGUGGUCGGCAUCGACGGCAUACCACGGCCCCUGGCCGCCGUGUGCGACCUCGACGCCGCGUCCACGGCGGACAGCAGUCCGUACUUCUGCGCCGCUCAUGCUGUGUCUGGGAUUCUAAACCUCUCGGACAGCGCGAUCUCGACGGGUCAUACGCAGAUCUUCCAGCGCGUAAUCUAUGGCCGGUUCGAAUGUCUGCUCCGCGAGAGGGACCCGGUGGCGCUGUUGUUGCUGCAUCUGUGGUACCGCAAGGCGAGUCGUGGGAUUUGGUGGAUUGAGCUGAGGGCUAGGGUCGAGUGUCCUUCGAUUUGCUCGUACCUAAGGAUGUAUCAUGGGGGGAAUGGGGCGGUGCUGGCGUUUCUUCCGGGAGGUGGUCUUGCUGGAAGAUGGGGAUAG